CUUCCCAAACCAGACAAAACAGUACCACAGAGUCACAAGAUUGUACGUGCCUACCCGUGAUCGUCGAUUCCCGCUAGCGACUGACAUGCUCUGUUUCGUAAUGUGUUCUCUGAGUGAUUCAACGCCUUUCAGGGGUUUUUGUAGUUUAAAAUUGUGGGUUUUCUGGUGUUUGUACCGUUCAUGUUUUUUAUUAACUGACGUCUGGGUUGAUGAAGAUUCUGUGAGAAUUCAAGAACUUGAAGGGUUAUUUGGCUCUUGUUGCAAACGCCAAUGUCGGAAUAUAAAGAAGCAUUGCUAAAGAAGGUAUAUUAUGAGAAUUGCCCAGGUUGUAAGGUGGACCAGCGUAAAGAGGCAGGAGGUGUUCCUUAUAAAGAACUUUGUUUUGUAUUCUUUGUGUUGCUGUGUGCUGCUUUGCCGAUAUCAUCUAUCUUCCCAUUCCUAUACUUCAUGAUAAGAGAUUUACAUGUUGCGGAAAGAGAGGAAGAUAUUGGCUACUAUGCAGGUUAUGUGGGAUCUGCAUUUAUGUUUGGAAGAGCUUUGACUUCUGUCUUUUGGGGAGUUGUAGCUGAUCGAUAUGGUCGAAAACGUGCAAUAAUGAUAGGGACUAUUACAAUGGUUAUUUUCAACAUCCUCUUUGGCCUCAGUACAUGCUUUUGGAUGGCAGUUGUCACAAGGUUUCUUCUUGGAAGCAUGAAUGGUUUUCUUGGACCAAUAAGGGCAUAUGCUUCUGAAAUAUGCCGUAAAGAGUAUCAAACUCUAGGGCUGUCAACUGUUAGCACAUCAUGGGGCAUAGGGUUGAUUAUAGGUCCAGCUCUUGGAGGCUUACUGGCACAGCCGGCAGAAAAAUAUCCGAAUAUUUUUUCUAAAGAAUCUCUAUUUGGAAGGUUUCCGUAUUUAUUACCUUGCCUUAUCAUAUCAAUCUUUGCAAUGGGUGCAACUAUUGUUAGUUCUUGGCUUCCGGAGACAUUGCAUAUACAUAAUGAGGAUUAUACAGAAGGGCAUUGCACAGUUGAUGAUCAUGAUAUGGAAAGUCCAUUGAAUGUGUCUGAUGCAAAAGAGAAAUCUGAAGAAAUUAAACAAGAACCACCUUCUAAAAAGAGCCUCUUAAAGAAUUGGCCACUAAUGUCAUCUCUUAUUGCAUAUGGCAUUUUCUCACUUCAUGAUAUGGCCUAUACUGAGAUUUUCUCCUUAUGGGCUGUCAGUCCAAGAAAGUUUGGAGGAUUGAGCUAUUCUACUAAGGGUGUUGGUGAAGUUCUUGCAGUCUCAGGCUUUGGGCUUUUAAUAUUUCAAAUGUUCGUAUAUCCAAGGGUUUCAAAUGUUGUUGGUCCCAUAAUCGUGUCUCGCAUUUUCGCGAUUUUGUCCAUACCGUUGCUGUCAAGUUACCCCUUCAUAGCCAUGCUAUCUGGGUCCACCCUUGCUCUUUUGAUAACAUGUGCGUCUGUGUUGAAGAAUGUUUUUUCUGUGUCCAUUACGACAGGAUUGUUCCUCCUGCAAAAUAAUGCAGUGCCUCAACACCAAAGAGGUGCUGCAAAUGGAAUCUCUCUGACUGCAAUGUCUCUUUUUAAAGCAGUUGGUCCAGCUGUAGGAGGUGCAGUUUUUUCUUGGGCUCAAAACCGUCAAGACGCUUCCUUCCUACCAGGUGAUCAUAUGGUUUUCUUCAUACUAAAUGUGAUCGAGGGGAUUGGUCUGCUAAUGACUUUCAAACCAUUUCUUGCUCAGCCCAGUAUAUAGAUUAAAAUAAGGCUAUUCAGACCUGUACAAAGGUCCAUCUUGAUAUAAAAACGAAAUUCAAUCCCUUGAUUUCUUCUUUCUCUUGCUUUGACGAAAGAUAGUAUGUUGCAAUUAUUAUUAGGCUAUAACUAUAGCCAGCACUUUACAUCAAUCUGAUUGAUUUGAGUAUUUUCAUUUUA